AUAGAAAACGGCGUGCCCUUACCGGCUCACUUGUGUGUGCGCCUCGCUGCGUUGAGGACCUGUGUACGCGCACCUCCUUGCUCACUCAGUGGCCCACUAUUCAUCGACACGGCUAGUGCGCCAGUGCCCGCGCGUGUGUCACAGUGGCUCCGAUGUUGGGCCAAGAACACAGUCGCACCAUUUCACCAGACAUGCUGAGUGAAGCGACCUUAUACAAUCACUUUUUUGCCAAGGAAAUCGAAAGAAUACGAUACUCUCCCUACCCACACCUGGACGACAUGAAGAUAGCGGAGGGAGGCCCUGCCAGGAUGGGGAGCAGCUCGCAGUACUGCCUCCGCUGGAACAACCAUCGCAACAACUUGCUGGCCGCCUUCGACCAGCUGCUGCACGUGGAGGCCUUCACCGAUGUGACGCUGGCAUGUGAGGAAGGCGUCACGCUGCACGCCCACCGUCUUGUCCUGGCGGCAUGUUCCUCCUACUUCCAGGCACUGUUCGUCAACGCCCGCGCCGCCAACCACCCCAUCGUGGUGUUGAAGGACGUGCGCGCCACAGACAUGCGCGCCCUGUUGGAGUAUAUGUACCGUGGCGAGGUGAAUGUAGAGCACGACGACCUGCAGGGCCUGCUGCGUGUGGCAGAGAGCCUCAAAAUUAAGGGGCUGGUAGAGGAGUUGGGUAGUGAUGCUGCCGUCCGCCGCCCGCCCUCCCCACACGAGGCCAUCCGCCCCGCUACGGCUCCAGUGGACGCCCGCACCCAUCAAGAUCUGCCACGUCUACAACCCGAGCCACCCACGUCCACAGCCCCACCGUCAGUGUCCUCCCACGACCGGGGGUCCUCACCCAAAGCUCAUCCGUACCCGCCUCCACCGUCAGCUCUGCUCCCGCACCGCCCGCACCACCGUCUAGACCACAGAGACCACCGCCUCGACCACAGAGACCACAUAGACAUUCGCGAAAUGGAGCUGCGGGAGCACUUACGGGACCCGCGCGAGGGUCACGAACCCAGGGAGACCCACACCCCAAGCAGCCUCGACAGUGACCCCCGCCAGCCCCUCUCCCUCGUGCCUCCCAUGGCCCACCUGCCUCCACACUGCCCAGACUCCCCUCCUCACAAACGCAAGCGGUCCCACAUGCUCCCCGACCCCAUGCUUUCGCCCACACCCAUCCUGCGUACAGCUCUUGGCCACACCCAUGGUUUCCCAGGAGCCGACAUGAGCUCUCUCGUGUCCCUGGCCUCCUCCAUGAUGCCCCUACCUGGCCUUCUCAGCUCCCACGUGCCCCAUCUGCUGCCCCACGAACAUCGUGAACACCUCGAGUCCCAGUACGGCGUGGUGACCAAGAAGGAGCACCACGAAGACGACUCGCGGCCCUUCUCGGACAUAGCGCGGGAUGACGAGCAGGACCACAAGAUGAAGCUUGAGUCGCUUACCAACGGACCUCUCUUGUCUGACUUCAAUCCUUACCACCUGGACCCAAACGGCUCCUCCCACUUCAGCAACUUCGUGAGCUAUGUACCCACACCUAAGCCAGAAUGGAAGAGGUACAAGCAGUACACCAAGGCCGACCUGAUGGACGCCAUUGACGCCGUUAAGAAUGGCAUGACAGCCCUUCAGGCCUCUCGGAAAUACAAGGUUCCGUCGCGAACACUCUACGACAAGAUCAAGAAGAUGGGCAUCAGCACCUUGCCGCGCCGCCUGCCCAACAAAAAGCCCUCACCAUCAAGCACGGACCUCGAAGGAAACGCCCCAGAACCACAUCCGCCCCAAGAGACCAGAGAGCCUCCCUCCCAAGAUCGAGACCCUCACCCUCACCCUCACCAGGACCACGAAAAGAGACCAAUCAAGAGUCUGACGAGUGACGAAGAGGAACACUCUGCCUCGGGUCCUACCGUGGUGGAUGAGGAGGAAGAAUCAUCAACCUCAGCACCAGCUAUGGGUUCUUUUUCACUUGUGGGCCGUAAAAUGUAUGAGAAUGGAAGUACAGGGGAGACCUCCGCCACGCCUCUGGACUUAACAGACACCGACUCGCUCAUUACUAAACGUCCGGAGAUUGAGGAGCGAGCUUAAGUUGAAUAUAGUGAGUCAAGAGUUUGACUCUCUUGUGUUCGCUCCCUCGUCAAAGUUCAACACUGCUGAGCCUCAGCAGGCCGCUCAGCCAAGACGGUGUGUUGUUGCUCCUCUAAACUAUGUCACGCUUUUGUUGACUCAUUGCCCAAGUCGAACCACUGCUCACACUCAGGUCGUUUCGGGUCUUUCCUCCAGCGGGUCUCAGGAGUCGAAAAUCAAGUUAGCGUCAAGCAGUCUGUGUCUCCCAUGAGACUAACCUCAACUAGGGUUGUGAUCUUCCCCUGUACGCCGAUAGCUGAAGAUAGUUUCCAUAUUGCUCAUGGUCCCAACGCAUUCAACAGCUCAGUUCCUUAUGCACGAAUUCGUAAGCUCUUACGGGGUUUGCAGGAACCAGAUCAGUUUGGAAGCCGCUUAUGUUUUCUCCAAUCUUCCAUUCCAUUUACCUAGAGUCGAUUUCUUGUCGCAUUUAUUUUACAUUGUUGUAGUUUGCAGGCCAUUUACCAUUUGUGCCACCGACAGCGGGAUCGGCCUAGGAGAGGCCGCCUCUUGAACCUUCCUCAGGGUUGUCCCGUCUUUCAACAGCUCACUUCCUUGAAGCAGUAAUGGAGGGAGAUUUUGUUUUUCGUUUCAAAGAUCCUCGUGGCAAAGGACAGGUGGUGUUUGUGGAGCAGUCGCUGGGUAGUUAGGCCAGUUUUUGAAAGGGCAUUGUGAGACUCUGUAAAGAAAAAAAUAUAAAUAGCGGUGGUUUGACUCAGCCGUCCCGUGGUGGCGCCCAGCAGUGCACGGCGCGUUGUGCCGCGGAGUCGCGGGGGCUGGCGAGCACGACACUUGCGUGGCGUGCACCACAGGCCUCCGCCGAAGUGUAUACUAGCCCAGCUUAUUAUUAUUAUUAUUAUUAUUAUUAUUAUUAUUAUUAUUAUUAUUAUUAUUAUUAUCAUUAUUAUUAUUGUUGUUAUCAUCAUCAUUAUCAUCCUAAAUGUUGCCAUUUUCAUAUUCAUUACGUGAUCAGCAUCUAUAUAACUCAUCUUUCAGUUGUGAAUAAAAGUGGUGUGAUAGACAGUUGACUACUGAUCCCUUCCCGCCACUUUUGAAGCCCCUACCCUCAUACCUUCGUUACCGCUGUUGGUAAUUAAAAUAUCUCUCCUCCCACUUGCCGUAAACUUACAUUUCCGAAACUAGCAAUUGUAUCCAUAGUUUUAAGGUUUCAUUCUUUUCUCUCGAUGUUUACCAAGAUACCUCACUCAUGCCAAGAGACAAUGUAUACCAGCACUAAGAAAGAUAUGACGCUAAAACAGUAUACGAUUGAGAGUAUAUUAUAUAACAUAUAAAUAUCUAUUUAUGUUCAGAUUUAGAGGGUAAUGUCUUACUGAAUGCGUAGGUCUUAGUGUUAGUAGUUUCUUAUUUUUUUUCUGUGAAGCUGAGAGCAAGAUAUGUAGUGGUUAUAGAUGCUCUGUGUGGUGUUUCUGCCGAGCCCGUACGACGUUGCGGCCUGCACAGCACGGUGCAGACGAGAGUGGUCUCAGGGACGCACUGCGCCACCUUCUCGCGACAUCAUUUUUUUUAAGUAUGCGUGAGGCGCUUUGAGCGAUGACUUCAGGAGGGCGAUGGUCAGGGAUGCGAGGACAUGGAAACAUUAAUGAAGACAUUGGUUUGAUGGACGGUGGGGAGGGACAGUGUGUGUGUGUGUGUGUGUGUGUGUGUGUGUGUGUGUGUGUGUGUGUGUGUGUGUGUGUGUGUGUGUGUGUGUGUGUGUGUGUUUGUCAGUGUCGGUUGUUAGUUUCCAUUGCGCUGGCAUACUUCGGGAGAUGCACAAGAAAAGUGAAGAAAUCAAGAGAAACAUCGUACACGCAAGUAAUGAACAGAUGCAUGACGUGGCGCCAAGCUUCCCUGCCCGACGCGGGGGAGUGUCCGACGGGAGAACCGCCCCAAUGCUGACCUAUGACACCUCCACGGGCUUCAUUAAUUAUGCCAUAUUUUCACACACACCUAACCUAACUAACUAGGUAAGGGUCCUAGCUCAUUAUUUUAUCUUUUUUUUAAAUGAUUAAAACAUUCGUUGAGAAAGAAGCAAAUAUGAAAGUAAAAUGUAUGUGUUUCACUGCUGCUAGAAUGGUGAGCGUUCUGCCGGUGUGAACCUCUAGCGUGUCAUAGGUCCGGUGUGGAGGGAGCCUGAUACAUGUCACCACGUCACAGGUGCUGCAACACUCACACACCACACCCAAUGCACAUCGCGCUGUAAAAUUAAGAAACAAAUCAAUAAAUAGAAGCCAUAGUUUAGAUAAACAUCAGUGCAGUUUGUUGACCCACCAAACAAAGUCCUUCAACUGAGAAUCACCUUUGUUUUUGUUUCACUAAGUGAAGUCAAAUGAACAUUUUCAGCACGGAAAACCCCAGUUUUCCCCCGUGUUUAUUUACUUUACGAUUUUAUUCACUUAUUUUAAACGACUUGAGCAGCAAGUUAAUUCCUUUUAGCAUUUACUCGUAUCAGUGCUGCAUGCAAGGAACUUCUUCCAAAAAAUAUUCAGUUUUAAGCCGAGUCAUGAACACCUUCAUUUGCAGUCUUAACAUACCUGACAUUAACAUGAUGAACCUCAGAAUAUAUCCCCCGAAGCCACCUUUGUGUGUGUGUGUGUGUGACAAUAUAUUCAACUGCACCUCUUUGGAUAUGACGAAAGUUUGCGUUAUUCAAUGGUGGGAACGGUCUUCUUUCAUUUCUAAUUCAUUUUCUAGUAAUUUGAUUUAAUUAACAGGGUCCUAUGUUAAGGUGUUCUAUUACCACGUAAGUUUGUAUUGGUUAGCUCCUUCGUCAUUUUUAACUUAUGAAUGAAUUCACGAAUACCCUAAAGGAAAAUGAAGUCAAGGCAAGUCUGCGUAUUGGAAGCGAUUGUGUUUGUAAGUGUGGCACGCUGUCAUAGUUCAGUUGCGGGUGUGAGAAUGCGGGCAAGUAGGUGCACCAGAUGGCAGAUCGACAUGUUGCAUCACCUGUCAUAUUUUUGCACACCGUUAUCUUGUCAUUCAGUAGCUGACCGAUAUGAAUUACAAAAAAAAUAGUUAUUUUCUGUUAUUCUAACGCUCAUAAUAUGUUUGAGGGAAGGUUAUUACAGGUUUGAUCGAUCAACCCUUGAGAACCCAGCUGAAUUUUACUCCCUGCAGCACGCCCACACUAUGUGAUAGAAACGUUUUACCUGUGAUCUGUCCGGGCGUUUGUGAUCCUAGGCGACGCUGAGGCAAGCAGCUGGUAAUGAGGUAUUUGUUGAGAGCGUGAAGACCGCGCGGGGUAAGGGGAAAGUCAAGGCCAAGGCCGCUGGGGUUUUUUUUUUUUUUUUUUUUUUUUU